GCACUUCCUUGUCACGGUACAUGUGACGAAGCUUGUGUCACACACUUACGCGUCGCGACUCUCACCACAACCUCAUUCCCGGUCUUUCUAUCUGCUCGAUAUGGGAAACGCUGCUUCCGGUGGUCUGCCUCCGCAAGAUGGCGCUCAGAACCCUCAGAACAACAAAGACAAGCCUGCGAAGGAGGAGAAGAAGAAAUGGGAGCCACCUCUACCCACGCGAGUAGGAAAGAAGAAGAGGCGGGGUCCUUCUGCAGCCUCCAAACUCCCUGCCGUUUAUCCAACCACUCGUUGUCGCUUGAAACUACUGAAGAUGGAACGCAUCAAGGAUUAUCUGCUUCUGGAGGAAGAAUUUGUUCAAAAUCAGGAGCGCCUCAAGCCUGAAGCCACGCGUGAAGAGAAGAAUGAAGAAGAUAGGUCCAAAGUCGAUGAUCUGCGUGGUACUCCCAUGUCGGUUGGAACCAUGGAGGAAAUCAUCGACGACGACCAUGCUAUCAUUAGCACCGCUACCGGCCCCGAAUACUACGUUCCUAUCAUGUCUUACGUCGACAAGGAGCUCUUAGAACCGGGAUGCGCAGUUCUCUUGCACCACAAGAACCAAGCUAUCGUCGGCGUGCUCGACGAUGACGCGGAUCCUCUGGUUAGCAUCAUGAAACUGGAUAAAGCCCCUUCGGAGAGCUAUGCAGAUAUCGGUGGGCUUGAGACACAGAUUCAGGAGAUUAAGGAAUCCGUCGAACUCCCGCUGACUCAUCCCGAAUUAUACGAAGAAAUGGGAAUCAGGCCUCCGAAGGGCGUCAUUCUGUACGGUGUUCCCGGCACUGGCAAGACAUUGCUCGCAAAAGCUGUAGCAAACCAAACAUCAGCUACUUUCCUUCGUAUCGUUGGGUCGGAGCUUAUACAGAAGUAUCUGGGUGAUGGCCCCAAGCUUGUCAGAGAGCUAUUCCGGGUUGCAGAAGAACAUGCACCUAGUAUCGUUUUUAUUGACGAGAUCGACGCGAUUGGAACCAAGCGAUACGAUUCUACUUCGAGUGGUGAACGCGAAAUCCAACGGACAAUGCUGGAACUCCUAAAUCAACUGGACGGUUUCGAUACUCGUGGCGAUGUCAAGGUCAUUAUGGCGACAAACAAGAUCGAGUCGCUGGAUCCUGCUCUCAUCCGGCCUGGUCGAAUUGAUCGCAAGAUUGAAUUUCCCUUACCAGAUGUCAAAACUAAGCGUCAUAUCUUCAAGUUACACACAUCUCGCAUGAGCCUAAGUGAAGACGUUGACUUGGAGGAGUUGGUUAUGACCAAAGAUGAUCUCUCUGGUGCCGAUAUCAAGGCUGUUUGCACGGAAGCUGGCUUGCUCGCUCUACGGGAGCGUCGCAUGCGUGUAACCAAGGCCGAUUUUACAUCCGCUAGGGAAAAGGUUCUCUACCGGAAGAAUGAAGGGACGCCGGAGGGUCUAUAUCUGUAGUCUCAUUACUACUUACUUGAACAUGUAAUUCCAGCUUUGUCAUGAUUCGCCAGUAUCGAUCA